UUUAUAUUAAUAAAAUCAUAUUAUAAAGGUUGUUUACCAUUAUUUAUUUUUAAAUUGUUUCACUAAACUAAAAUUAGAAAAUAAGAUUCGUAAAUAGAAUUAUUAAAAUCGCGAAAUUCUGGUUUGCGUAGAGUUUGAGUAGUGCAAAAUACACUGACCGUAUUAGUAUUUUAAUUUUGAUAAAAAUGCCUCAAAAUGAAUAUAUGGAACGUCACCGUAAAUUAUACGGGCGACGUCUUGAUUAUGAAGAACGAAAAAGGAAAAAGGAAGCGCGUCUACCAAAAGAAAGAGCUCGAAAGGCAAGGAAACUUCGUGGUAUAAAGGCAAAACUGUUUAAUAAAGAGAGACGCAAUGAAAAAAUCCAAAUGAAGAAAAAGAUUAAGGCUCAUGAAGAGAAAAAAGUUAAAAAACAAGAGGAACGUGUUGAAGAUGGUGCAAUACCACAUUACCUGUUGGACAGAGGGCAGCAGUCUUCUGCUAAGGUUCUUUCUAAUAUGAUAAAACAAAAACGAAAAGAAAAAGCAGGCAAAUGGGAUGUACCAAUACCAAAAGUCAGAGCUCAAUCAGAUGCUGAAGUAUUUAAGGUUCUAAGUAGUGGUAAAACUAGACGAAAAGCUUGGAAACGUAUGGUAACAAAAGUAACAUUUGUUGGUGAAAAUUUUACGAGAAAACCUCCAAAGUUCGAAAGAUUUAUAAGACCAAUGGCAUUGAGAUUCAAAAAAGCACAUGUAACACAUCCAGAAUUGAAAGCAACUUUCCAUUUACCUAUAAUUGGCGUUAAGAAAAAUCCAAGUUCUCCAAUGUACACAUCAUUAGGCGUAAUUACAAAGGGUACAGUAAUAGAAGUGAAUAUUUCAGAAUUAGGUUUAGUAACUCAAACUGGUAAAGUUGUUUGGGGUAAAUAUGCUCAAGUAACAAAUAAUCCAGAGAAUGAUGGAGUUAUAAAUGCUGUGCUUUUAGUGUAAAAAAAAGAAACUUCUAAAAUUUAAAUGUUCACGUCUUAGGUGUAAGAGAUUUUUAAAUAAAAUUUUUGAAAAUUUAAAAUUUUGCAUUUUUUUAAUUUGUCUUCUUA